UCCCGGGCAGUGGGCGGGUCGUCGUCACUGCCUAGCUGGGCUCGGCUCUCCUGGGACGGGUCGGCGUUCACUUACUUUCGCUGUGGUCCAGCGAGUCGAACAAAACGGGAAAAGCAAACACAACGAGUGCUGUUUAUUCGCGGGAUGCUCGGCGUGGCAGGAAUGACGGGCAGCAUUGCUAAUGCUCUAGCCAGUGCAGCCUGCGAGCGAUGCAAGAGUGGCUUUGCUCCCACUGAAAAAAUUGUCAACAGCAAUGGAGAGCUGUACCACGAGCAGUGUUUCGUGUGUGCCCAGUGUUUCCAGCAAUUUCCAGAAGGACUUUUCUAUGAGUUCGAAGGUCGGAAAUAUUGCGAGCAUGACUUUCAGAUGCUUUUUGCACCAUGCUGUCGUCAGUGCGGUGAGUUCAUCAUCGGCCGAGUCAUUAAAGCCAUGAAUAACAGUUGGCACCCAGAGUGCUUCUGCUGCGACAUAUGCCAGGCUGUGCUUGCAGAUGUGGGAUUUGUGAAAAACGCUGGACGGCAUCUGUGUCGCCCAUGUCAUAACCGUGAAAAGGCUCGGGGCCUGGGCAAGUACAUCUGCCAAAAGUGUCACGCCAUCAUCGAAGAGCAGCCGCUGAUAUUUAAGAAUGACCCGUAUCACCCGGACCACUUUAACUGCAACAACUGCGGGAAAGAGCUGACUGCUGAUGCCAGGGAGCUGAAGGGGGAACUUUACUGUCUGCCCUGCCAUGAUAAGAUGGGGGUGCCGAUCUGUGGUGCCUGUCGGAGACCGAUCGAGGGGCGUGUUGUCAAUGCCAUGGGCAAGCAGUGGCAUGUUGAGCAUUUCGUGUGUGCGAAAUGUGAGAAACCAUUCCUGGGUCAUCGCCAUUACGAGAGGAAGGGCUUGGCUUACUGUGAGACCCAUUAUAACCAGCUCUUUGGUGAUGUGUGCUAUCACUGCAACCGAGUGAUCGAAGGUGACGUGGUGUCUGCUCUGAACAAAGCCUGGUGUGUCAGUUGUUUCUCCUGCUCCACCUGCAACACGAAGCUCACUCUCAAGAACAAGUUUGUGGAGUUUGACAUGAAGCCUGUGUGUAAAAAAUGUUAUGAGAAGUUUCCCCUUGAGCUGAAGAAAAGACUCAAGAAGCUGGCGGAGGCUUUAGGACGCAAAUGAACGGCGGCAGGCCAGAAACGCUGUGAGGUCAUCUGCCAUGUGUGUCCUGCUUGAAAUGUUCACUUCAGUUUAUAUUUGCUUGCUCUGACACCCCCUUUUUUUAAAAACACAAAUCAAGCAUAUUAAUGCGCAUUCCUUAAUAGUAAAAAAAUCCCUGCAGUUGUUUAUAAUAACAGCUUGUUCAACAAUAUAAAUAUUUAGUUCUGUAAUAAGAAUUUAAAAGAAAUUGAAACCUUUUUUUAAAUGUUUGGCCUUAACUUUCUUUUGUGUUUUUAAAUAAAUGUCUGUAUCAAUGAAAUUAAAUCAUUUUUAAUGUGUUGAUUUAAUACUGAAUUGUGUGGUCUGAAAUUGUUUUA